AUGCAAAUCAACCGACCCUCCCCCGCUGGUCCAUCUGGAUCUGGAACGGGAUCAUCAUAUACCGUAUUACGGAUCAAGAGAAAAGCUACCGAAGCACCAUUAUCCUCUCUUGUAAUACAAGAUAGCGAGCCUCGUUUGAGAGCGAAAAGACGCAGAGAUGUAUCUGGUAGACCAAGAGGAGUGUUUAGAUUGGCUGAGACUGUUCCUGGGACUUGGCAAGGCAAAGGUGAAGAGGGAGAAGUAUUGAAGUCAAGGAUACAAGGUCUAAUUUCUUCUUCAUCUCAACCUGAUUCACCAAUAUCAUUACCUAAAUCACCUCUUGUCUCUCAACAGACCGUAACACCUUCUUUACCAUCAUCCACAGCAUCCCCACCACUGCCAUCUGCUUCUAUUACUCAAGCUAAACCUUCAUCUCCUCAGCACGUACCUAAAACCGUUAGCCCACCACCACCAUUACCACCACCUCAUUUCCAAUCACAAGGCCAAACGCAAUAUCGUGUGAUACCGCCUUUGAGUCCAAGAACAAAGGCCAUGCUACCUCCCAAAUUACUAACGACAGCUGAAACGAAGGAUGGCUCAUCGCCAUUGGUAUUUGUUGAUGCCCAAGCAGUCUCUUCCGCCGUACCAUCCAUGUCAAAUGCCACUAUACCGCGACCUAGCAAAAGUAAUCCACAAGAUGACAAAGAAAUGGAUCAUUUCUUACCUAUGUUAGAGGAAUACCUUAAACUCGAAGAGGAGUCGAAGAAAUCUGAACCAGUAUCAACGCCUCUGGAGGAAGAAUGGGUUUACGAUCUGUAUUACAGAGAUAACAAUUCUGCUUCUAUCUCAUUAGGUUUAGGUGCUGGUGAUGGAGUUUCCAUUGGUGAAUUAUUGGGAUUCGAAGACAUAUCACCUCCAUCAUCGGUAUCAGGAUCAGAACCUGAAGACGAAGCAGAUGAAGAUUCCAACGAUGAAGAUUAUUACAGGAAUGAUUAUCCAGAAGACGAAGAUGCAGAUGAGGAUAUGGAAGGUUUUAGAGGCGGUGGUGGUGAAAGUGAUUGGAGUGAAGAGUAUGAAGAUGAUGAAGAGGAAAGAGGUGAAUGGGGAUAUCGUUGA